CCAGAUGUCACGAAAUAAAAAGAAGGACGGGGGGGUUGUUGAGACGGAAGGAUGGGUAUAGUCAAGGUUGACGGUUAUCGUGAACGGAUGCGAAUGUACAGGCACACGCGAGGUACUUCCUCUUACCACCCACCUAACCAUCUAAGGCCAGGUACCUCCGAACGGACUACCUAAGAUUCCCCGUAGACGAAUGUCGGAUGUGUCUAUGCAGGUACGCUGUGUUUUGUCUGCCAGCCUGUCUGCCCACCCUCACGUCGAAAUGUAUACCUACGGACGGCCUUUGCUCGGUACAUGCAUAUUUGCAUACGCAACGUGCGUGCCACGGCUGCGAGCAGGAGGCAUGUGCUCAAGGCGAAGAAGGCUCUCAUAUUCCACCAAUAUGUCAGCAAUGCGCGAAUGUGCCUAGCAGAGCAAGGCUAGGGGAGGCAGUCCGCCUUGCGCGUUAAGAGAAGAUAAUUCAUAAUAAUAAGAAGAAGAAGAAGAAAUAUUAUUAUUGUUGUUGAUGUUACUAUUAUUCCAUAUAGUUAUUCCACGUCUUAGGUUGCCUGGAUUGGGGCAGUAUCACCCCGUAACUGUGGAUGAUACCUCCGCAGAAGGAAGCAAGGCAGCCCCUAAAGAAGGCUUCCCGCUAGCCUCCCUAUCUUGAUCCCCCCCCCAAAGCUCUAUGAUCACGAUAACCACGCACUCCCUGCUGUAUGAGUAUGUACGCGCGCUAGGUCUCGAUUAUAGAAUAUGCACGUGUGCCGUGAGGUGUCAAAUCGUGUGGGAAGAGGGAAUACUACCUACCUAUACCUACUUACCUCUCCCGUGCACGCUAACGUCUAACAUCGACACCCCCAGGCGCCACACAUUCCACCUCCCACCUCGUCCGAUUCUGCCUCUACAUCGCGUAUGUGCCUAGGCCGCCUAGGUGCGUGCGUGUAUACUAUCGUAGUAUACAUACAUAUAUCGAGGAGAUCAGCGAAGGGGAAAGGGAAAAAAAGGAAAAAAGAAAGAGCAACGAGAACAAAAAUA